AUGGCCAAAGUAAGAAAGAAGAAGAGGACUCAUGUGCCUGACAACGACGCCCCCGGAAAGCCGGGGCAGGCGAACCGUCGGCCGAAGAGUAUGGUUAUUCGAAUGGGCGCAGGUGAUGUCGGGUCCAGCGUGACACAACUGGCGCGAGAUUUUCGAGCAGUAAUGGAACCAGACACUGCAAGCAGGUUGAAGGAACGACGAGCAAACAAGCUAAAAGACUACACCGCCAUGGCUGGUCCACUAGGUGUAACGCACCUCUUCCUCUUCUCGCGCUCGAAAACGGGCAAUGUGCACCUUAGAGUUGCACUUACGCCUCGAGGCCCGACCCUCACCUUCAGAGUCGACCGUUAUGCCCUGUGCAAAGAUAUAGCCAAGGCGCAGAAACAUCCCCGUGGUGGAGGGAAAGAAUAUCUGAGUGCGCCGUUACUGGUUAUGAAUAAUUUCACCUCCCAGACAAGCGAAGAUUCAAAAGCCGACCCCAUCAAGAAACAGCUUGAAUCCCUCACUACCACUAUAUUCCAAUCCAUAUUCCCUCCCAUAUCGCCACAGACGACCCCUCUAAGCUCAAUACGAAGAAUUUUACUAUUAAAUCGCGAGCCUCAGUCCGAUGGCAUAUCCAAACGGGUCCGCAGAUUUGAUCCAAGCGAGCAGCGACUACGUGAGAAGAAGUCGGGAGCACUACCGAACUUGGGCAAACUGGAGGACGUAGCGGAUUACCUCCUUGACCCCUCGGCUGGGGGUUAUACAUCUGCCAGCGAGACCGAGCUUGACACGGAUGCUGAGAUUGAGGUUUUGGAAACCACCACCCAACGCGUCCUGAGUAAGAGAGAGCAGCAGAGACAGCAUCAACAACAAAAGCAACAGCCAAAUGGGGAAAAAGACAAAGACACACCCAUGAAGGAGUCCGCGGCGAAUGUGGAAUCGCACGUCGAAAAGCGAGCAGUGAAACUGGUAGAACUCGGCCCUCGGAUGCGCCUCCGCAUGGUCAAAGUAGAAGAAGGCAUCUGCGAGGGACGGGUAAUGUGGAACGAGUUUGUCACCAAGACUAAAGCCGAGGAAAAGGCCCUGGAAGUCAAGUGGGAGAAGAAGCGGCAGGAGAAAGAGGCCCGACGGAAGGAGCAGAAAGAGAAUGUCGAGAGGAAGAAGCUGGCCAAGAAGAAUGCGAAAAUUAAUGCAGGCCAGGGUGAUGGCGAAGCUGGGGAAGAUGAUGACGAUGACGACGACGAGGAUGAGUGGGAUAGCGAUGACCUGGAGGACUGGGACGAAGAGAUGGACGACGAUGUCGCCGAGGAAAGCGAGGACGAGGACGAGGACGAGGACGAGAAUGAGGAGUGA